GGGUCCACAAGCCAGUUCCUCUAGGGGAGGGGCAGGCCCUUACAAGCCCCACAAGAUCAAGGCCGGUUGUGUGCAGCGCCUGGGGGUGGACCCCGGUGAUGGGAGGGGCCUCAGGAUGAGACCUGGUGUGAGCGCAGCCGCUGGUCAGCCGCAGCUCGGACGUGUGUGCGGGACACAUGGGGCUGCAGCCUGUGGGGUCGGCUCCUCCUGGAAGGACCCAGAGGCUUGGUCCCCUGCAUCAGCUCUCCAGCCCCACUGGGCGCCGCCUUCCUACAAAGCCUCGUCACACUGUGUGGUUUUCAGGAUGCUUUACCCCCAGCCCAAGGUGCUGACCCCCUCCUGUCUUGUGCAGGAGGAACGGUGUCCUUGUCCUGACCCCGUGGCUGCCCCUGUCAUCUGGAAAGGGAGCCCCGACACUGACAUCCUGAAUGAGCAGUUCCGGCCACAGAACGCCACCAUCAGACUAAUGGUGUUUGCUAUCAAAAAGACCUCAGUCCACACAGGGGAGCCGCUCUGACAAGGCAGGAUCGAAGGUCAAGUCCAGAGACAGCAAGUGGCCAAGACACAGAACAGUGGGGUUGUCGGUGGAGAUGAGGGGGUGCGGUGGCCAAUGCUGUAGAGGGUCUCGGCCUCAGCCUUGGGGCACCCUCUGUGGCGCGGCUCUGCCGUCCCGCGGAGGCCCGCGCACCGCCCGCCCUCGUGCACCUGCCGCUGGGGGAGCGCCUGCCCCCUCCUCUCUGCGGAGGGCUCUCUCCUGCCCCAGCCGUGCCUCCUCCCAUGCCAGCCGGAGGCUGCCAGCCAUGCAGCCUGGGAACCUGGACAUCCUGACGACCCCUGCCCUGGGGACAGAGCGGUGUGGGUGGGACGUGGUCUCCCAGUGGGCCUGAGGUCAAGGUCCCCACGGGGCUCCCUGCCCUCCUUUGGGCUCAUUGUGCCAUGUC